AUGACGGUUAAUAAAGUUCAUGUGCGCUACUGUUUGUUAUUCAUGUUUAAUCUAGGAACAAAUAUAAAUGAAGCAUAUAGUUCAAUAUAUCAGGUGUAUGGCGAUACGGUUAUUGAUAAGCGAUCGAAAAGGUUUGCCAGAUUUAAGAAUGGUGAUCGAAACUUGGAAGACAAGCCACGCGCUGGUAGACCGAAGGAAUUCGCAGACAAGGGGCUGAAAUCUCUGUUGCAAGAGGAUGCCACACAAUCGACCACGCUACUGGCGAAAUGUUUAAAAGUGGAUCAAUCGACGGUGGUACGGCGACUACAAGCUUUGGGAAAGCUCUAG